AUGCCAUUAUUGGCCUUUGCCGGCGUCCAGACACUGGUGGAAGGCUCCGUCGGCGGCCGGUCCUUCACGCUGGCGCUGGGGCCACAAACGCCGCCGUACGCCACUCGGACACCGGCGCUGUGGCCUCGUCUUUGCAAGGGGAAUCGGGAGGCUGCCUUGCCGUUUCCUGUCGCCAGCCUCUGCGGCCCUCGCCGGCCUGCUCGCUCCGUCGCAGAGGCGGAGGGCCGCGCGGAUGCAAGAGACCCACUGGCGGCGGGCCGGAGAGACCCGCAGCCCAGGCGAGGGGGGCUUCCCUCGGGCAGCCGCGCCUGCGUUUGGGGGGGGGGUGCUCUGCCGCCGAUGGCCGGCCGCGCCGACGCCCCGGACCCCGAAGCCCUCUGCAGCCGCUGCCGGGGGGCGCUGCGGGAAGCCCUGCGGACCCGCUGCGGACCCCGCGGCCCGGCGCGGGACGAGCAGAGCCAGCAAGCGACCCUUGAUGCCCCCUGCAAGGCUUUGCGUUGGCUUGGCCGCUCGUUGUCCCAUCCGGAUUCUCCAAACCCCAUAAGCAUGGGGGGCUUCGGGUUGCGUUGCGGGAAAACCGGGCUCCGCGGGGGAAGAGGGAGGCCCCAGAUCGUGAUCCAGGAGGCAGUUGAUCUGCAGCUGGACUCGGAGGCCCUCAUGGGCAGAAAUCUCCGAGUCCCGGCUUUUAGUGAUGCUGCCGUUAACAAGGAGAUUUCGGAGCUAAGUGUGCGUUGUGCGAUCCCUGGAUGUGCGUGGACUGGCAUCAUGAAGGCUUUGGAAGGCCAUCAGAGCACAUGUGAAGAUGCCCUGAUCCCAUGCCACGCUGGGUGCGGACAGGCAUUGAUGCGAAAGAAGCUUGCAGAACAUUUGCAGCAUGAAUGUAUUCUUUCAGCGGUUUCCACUGACAAGGACAGCUGUCGAUUUUCCAGGAUCGGCUGCUCUUUCAAGGGAAACGGACAAGAAAGACAGGAGCACGAGAAGAGCUCCAUGGGGACGCACUUAGUUCUGCUGCUUCAUCAGGCAAAGCAACUGAAGGGGAAUCUGCCCCCUGCAGUCGGUGGGGCCGACUCCUGCUUAAAGGCUGCCAGGGCCCUGAACGGGCUCUUCACAAGCUUGCAGCUCCCGCCCGCUUUGGACAUGGACUCUUUCCCCGGACUGCCUCUGUACGAGGGAGAAUCCAGCUGGCAAGCGCUGCUGAGGGGCAAGGUGGUGCCUUUGCUGGACAGCAAGCUGCGGGUGUUCGAAAACAUUGUGUCUGUGCUGAGCAAGGAGAUGGACGCCUCGCGGCAGAAGAUUGCGGCCUUCCGGGGUCAAAGGGGCCUUGACCAGGAUACUAUCCGCGGCUUGGAACUGAAGAUUGCUCAUCUGCAGCGAUGCCUGGCGCAGAAAGAGGUGGCUCUGGGCAGGCUCCAACAGAAACUCUUUCUCUCGGCAGAAGCUUCGUAUGAUGGCGUUUUUCUGUGGAAGAUCACAGAUGUUCACCAGAAGUGCUAUGAAGCAGUGAGCAGGAAAGUGUGCAGUUUGCAGUCUCCUGCAUUCUACACGGCGCGAUACGGCUACAAACUCUGCAUGAGGCUGUAUCUGAAUGGCGAGGGGAGGGGGAAAGGAACUCACAUGUCUCUUUUCCUGGUGCUCCUUAGAGGGGAAUACGAUGUGCUCCUUGAGUGGCCCUUCACAUACAAGAUCACCUUCAUGUUGCUUGACCAGAACAACGGGGACCAUCUUACGAACACUUUUCACACAGAUCCCACCUCUCCGUCAUCCCAGAGGCCCGUGGCCAAUAUGAACGAGGCCUGCGGCUGUCCCCGAUUCCUCUCAUUGGCCAAGCUGCAGUCGCUGAAAUAUACUUAUUUAAAAGAUGGUACCCUUUUCCUCAAGUGCGUUGCUGAACCCUCAUUGUGA